ACACAUAUAUUUUUUUAUUUGUCGUUUUGUGAAGAAGAACACCAAGAAAGUAGUGGAAAAAAGUGAAUUUUCUCAAAAAAAAAUAAUAAUUCAAUUAAUAAAAGCAUUUAAAAGCAAUCCUUUGCAAUAUAAAUCGUUUAUCGAAAUAAAUUAGAAUCCAUUCACAUAAUUCUACAACUUCCUUAUUAUUUGUGUGCAAUUGAAUUUAUCUUUUAUAAUUUUUUUUUAGUCCGAAGAGUCUCAAGUGAAUCACUUAACUUUUUUUUUUAUUAUAUCCAAAUUUCAAUCAAAAUAAUGGCACUAAAAGUCUAUGUUAGUGGAAUGUCUGGAAACAAGGAGGUAAAAAAACGCCAACAACGUGUCCUCAUGAUUCUAGACAGUAAAAAUGUCAAGUACGAGCUCGUUGAUAUAACAGAGCCCGGCAAAGAAGCCGAAAAAGAUAUGAUGCAAACAAAAUCGAGUAGCAAUGGUGCAACGGUAAGCGACCCAAAUCCCAGACACCCACUGCCUCCACAAAUUUUCAACGAUGAAGAAUAUUGCGGCGAUUACGAUGCAUUUGAUUUGGCUAACGAGAUCGAUACUCUCGACCAAUUCCUUAAGUUAGCACCAGCCGAUACAACCAGUGUAUCCACUGCCCAAAUCGAAUUGAAAAAUGGCGAAAAAGAAACAACCGAUGCCCCUCCAACAGAGCCGGCAGAAGAAAACAAAGAAAAUGAAGAAAACAAGGAGAACGGUGAAUCAAAGGAUGAAACAGGUGGAGACGACAAUGAGAAAAAAGAGAAAACCGAAGCUGGAGAUGAUGCCGAGAAGACACCUUCGGAUGAAAAUGCCGAAGAGGCGAAUGGAGAGAAGCCCAAAGAAGAAAAUGGCGAUUCACAAGAAAAUAAGCCUUCUGAGGAUGAUGAAACUAAGGAAGCUAAUGCCGAUGAAGCCGAUAAACCCGAUGAGAGUACGGACAAGAAAGACGAAUCAAAAGAAGAAAAAUAUGAUGAAGCGUCUGAAGAAAAGUCCAAAUCAGAUGAUUCCAAACCAGCAGAUGAUAAAGAAUCUGAAAAUGAAAGUGAUAAUGAAGAAAAUUCUGAAUCAAUUAAAAAACACGAUAAGGCUGAAAGUGAAGCAGAAGAAAAAGAAGAUGAUAAAGUAGACAGUGAAAGUAAAACAGAUGUUAAUGAAGUUGAAGAAGACAAAAAAGUUGAUACUACUGACGACUCUAAUAAGACAGAAAAAUCUAAUAAAACAGAAGAAUCAAAAACACCUCCUUCGAAGGAAACAGAAAGCAGCAGUGAAGAAGAGAGCGAAGAGGAUGUAAGUAGUAAAGAAGAAAAAGUGGCAGACACAAAAGACACUGUAGAAUCUAGUGAAAAAAAAGACACAGAAGAUGAUUCACCAAAAACAGAAGACGAACAAAAUGAAAAAGAAAAUAUUGACAAUAAUGUUGAGAUAUCGAAAGAAGAAGAAUCUCUGUCGACAGAGUCAAGUAAAGUUCCAGAUGAUGAUGCUGAUAAUGUAAAACCAGAAGACGAGAAAAAAAUCGAUGCAGAAACUCCAGACAAAGACUCUUUAGAUAAAUCAGAAAAAGAUGACAAUAAGGCAGCUGAUAAAGAAUUAGAAGAAAACAUAGAAAUUUCUGAAGAGAGUCAAAGCCCGGAAGCUGUCGAUAAACCAAAUGAGGAAAAUGAAUCGUCGAUCAAUGAGGAAAAUGAGGAAUCGAAAACAAAACUCGAUGAAACCGUAAAAGAAGAUGAGACGCCAAUAGCUAGCAAUGUAGAAGAAGAAAAACCUAAGAACCCAGAAGAAAUCUUAGAGGGUGCCAAAUCUGAAUUAGAAAAAACUGAUGAAUCAACUGCAAAUUCAGACGAAUAAACUAACAAUAUUAUAAUCUCUUCUAUAUAAAAUAUUGGGAAAAUAAAUAUGUGAUCCUUUGUGGUCUUAUAGAUUAAGUGAGAAUAAAAAUUAAUACGAAUUUAUUAAACGCAAAAUAAAUUCCUUGUAUAAUUUUUUGUAUAUUUGGAUUUUUUAAAAUGCUUUAAAAAUUUCUUUUAUUUUAUG